AUGGCGUCUAAAUGGAUCGCCGGCGGGCUGGUCCUGUGGGCAAGGCUCGCCGCCGGCGACGGAACCGGAAUGGUAGGGCUAGGCAAGACAAUGUACAACCCGCCGUGCGCUUUUGCCUGCCGUGCCACCAUUUCAUCCUGCCCGCUGCUGUGUACGCCAAAGGGGGAAGACGCAGAGACGCCGCCAGAGUGCUUCACAACCGACCAGGCCUUUAUGCGCACGCUGGCGCUGUGUAUCAGCAUGUACUGCAGCCAGUCUGACCGCCCUUCCCUUGCCAAGAUCGAAGACUACUGGGUGUCCCAUCUGACUUCCGGGACCGUUGCAAAGUGGGAGUGGAAGCCGGCCAUGUCCUACGGCGAGGCACUUCGCCUUGCCAAGAUUGACGAGCAGAAUAGUGGUGCUGGACGCAAUCAGACUUUGGCUGGCGGGCAUGACCACCACGGCCACAAGCGACAGCUGCUGCCUCGACAUGGAGGGAGUCACGGCUCCGAAGACGACCACGGUGAAAUGGACCGUGUAGACAGCCCCUUGCCCGUCAUCAAACCUCGGGCCCCUCUCAAUGUCACCAGCGUGGUGGCCAGGAAGGACUGGACCAAAAGCUACAACGGCGCAAAGGGGUUCGAGAUCAACGAAGCCGGACAUGCGAAAUACACUCUUGUUCUUCUGUUGGUAGCACUCUUUGCGCCAGUCGUUCUCUCUCUGGUCCGCCUCGUCCCGGGACUCAACCGCAGCCGCACAUGGCAAUGGAUCAACUGCAUACUCGUCGAGCCGCCGGCGUGGGGGAAAUCUCACCGCCGGCCCGUGUCUCGAUACACGGGAGGCGGCCUGAUGCCCACCAGAGGACAGACGCUCUACAUCCUGCUCAUCUCUGUGCUCAACACGGUCUUCCUGGUGGCCCCCUACACGGCGCUCUUCCCGCAGACCUCGUUCCCGUCGGUAGAGACCAUGGAGAUCAGCACAAUCGGCAACAGGGCCGGCGUGUUGGCAAUGGGCAACAUGGUGGCGCUUUUCGUCUUUUCGGCCAGGAACAACAUCCUCUUGUGGCUGACGGACUGGCCGUACGACACCUUUGUCCUGCUGCACAGGUGGCUCGGGUACUGGACCAUCCUGCUCGCCGUCAUCCACUCGCUCAUGCUGUUCGGGUACUACGUCGCGGAGGGGAUAUACGAGGACGAGGCGGCCAAGCUGUACUGGACAUGGGGCGUGGUCGCGACGGUCUGCGGCGUCGCGCUCUGGCCCAGCUCGCUCCUGGUCGUGCGACAAAAGGCCUAUGAGCUGUUCCUGUGUACGCACCAGGUGCUGGUGGUGUUUUUCGUCGUCGGGUACUACUACCACAUCUGGGAGCGGUACAGGCACAACUGGGGCUAUGAGAUUUGGGUAUUCGUCGCGAUUGCGGUCUGGAUCCUCGAGCGCUUGGCCAGGCUGCUGCGCGUGUGCUUGGCCGGCCUCAAGACGGCGGUCGUGUCUCCGGUCGAGGGAUCCGACGGGGAGUAUGUCCGCAUCGACAUCGAGAAUACCUUUGCCGAGGGCGUGGCGUACCUCUACUUUCCGACGCUCUCGUGGCGGUUCUGGGAGAACCACCCGUUCUCGAUCGCGUCGUCAUUCUCGGCAGCAGACAUGGCAGACUCGGACGGCAGCUUGGAGAAGCUGGCAGACGUGGAAAAGACGGCCGGAGCAACGACUCGCAGCGCAGAGGCCGAGGCCGAGGUCGACUCCCCAUCAACAACAGCGGCGUCUACAGUCGCCACACGGCAGUCGGGCAAGACCAAGGUCACCAUCGCCGUCAGAGUCCGGUCAAGCAUGACGGCGCGCCUCGCCGCCAGAGUCUCAGCCGCCAGGGGCCCGGUCCGAAUCCCGGUUUUCCUCGAAGGCUCGUACCAUUCCUCGGCCGGGCGCCAGCUGCGUCGAUGCACGCGGAUCGUAUGUAUCGUCGGCGGCGUCGGUCUCAGUGCCGUCUUGCCGAUUCUUGGCCGACACGGAAAUCGACCAGCCCGCCUGUGCUGGGGCAUCCGCAACGACAGCCUCAGGUCCGUGUUCAAGGACGAAAUAAGCAGCCUUUCAGCCAUGGUUGAUGUCGAGACGCACGUUGGGUCGCGGAUGGACGUCUGCUCCAUUGUUCGAGAAGAGCUGACGGCGCCAUGUGGAUCCGAAGACCGGGGGCCCAUUGGAGUCGUGGUCUGCGGCCCGGCGGGUAUGGCUGAUGAUGUGCGGAAUACAAUCUGCACUCUGGGCCGCAGUUCAGCAGUGAGAAGAGGGUUAGUGUUGAUGGAUGAAACAUUUAGCUGGUAG